GCUCCGGAUCAACCACUUCAGAGACAUGCUUCUGGAAAGAGGGGUGUCUGCGUUCUCCACCUGGGAGAAAGAGCUGCACAAAAUUGUAUUUGAUCCACGGUACCUGCUGCUAAGUCCGGAGGAACGAAAGCAGAUUUAUGAUCAGUUUGUCAAAGCAAGAAUGAAUGAGGAGCACAAAGAGAAAAAGUGCAAACUCCAGCAAGCGAAAGAAGAGUACAGAAAACUGCUAGAGGAAUCAAAAAUCACAUCCAGGUCGACGUUCAAAGAAUUUUCAGAAAAGUACGGAAAAGAUCCACGAUUCAAAGAGGUUCUGAAGAGGAAAGACCAGGAGUUAUUUUUCACCCAGUUCAUCAGCACGUUAAAGAAGCGGGACAAGGAGAACAGAAUUCGUCUGAGGAAGAUGAGAUGAGUGUUUGCGGACAGGGCCGCAAACUAUUCACAUUACUGUCAACUGAUUUCCUGUGACUGUUUAUCACAGUGUAUACUGUGAUACCAUCUGCCCAUAUGUCUGACCAAGCCACAAGGGCAGUUUGCUUUUCAAUGACUGACUUGCGAACAAACCGAACAAAGGCAGAACCAGCUGAGUCUAAGCAGCAGUUUGAGAAUGAACUCUGUAUAUCUGAAUCUGUUUCAUACUGAAGCUCUUAAUCUCCGGUUUGAGUAUUACGAGGUUCC